GCUGAUCACAUCGUGGUUUUAAGAACUCUCACUCCACGUUAUGUUUUGUUUAUUUUCUUAUUAAUUUUUGGUAGUCACAAAUCUGGCAUAUUUUUAUUUAUGCGUGACAAUGUAUUCUGAUUCAACAAUCUAUACAAAUAUUAAAAGACCUUAUAUUUUUUAGCGUAUAAUAUGAUGACAAAUACCAAGAUUAUCAAUAUAACCUCGAACUUAUACAUAUUCUAUAUAUUGAGAGUAUUUUGAUAUAUAAAAUUAAGACAACGUUGUUCUCUGCGUUUGUGUUGUUGGUUAAAAAACAGUCGCUAGGAUGGCCGACUCAGAUGAGGAUAACGACAGAGAUUAUGAGUCUGAGAUGAGUUUGACUGGUUUCAUGUUCGGUAACAUCGACGAGAAUGGUCAGUUGGAGAAUGAUAUUCUUGAUCCGAAUGCCAAGCGGCAUCUUUCAUCGCUAUGUCAUUUCGGGCUUGGCUCUUUACUGCAAGAGAUUAUGUCGGAGGAAAAAGCAGACAAAAAAGAACAAUACCAAUCCAACAGUGAAGAGUCUAACAAGGAACCUGUGGAGAAUGGAAAACCUAAACACGAUGAAGCAGAAGAUGUUGAUUAUUUCGUUAAAGAUCCUGAGGCUCUUGAUUUUUCAGAUAUUAAUGAACUAGCUGAAGAUUGUAUAGAUCCUCAGCAAGGAAUGUUGAAUGGAACAAAAUCUGAAAAAGAAACAGAUUAUGAUGCUGAUGAUGAAGAUUUAGAUCAUAAACAAGACAAAGAUUUAAUGCCUCCUCCUCCUGUACCCGAGGAAAAAGAAGUAUUAACUGCUGAGGAAGAAGAGGCAGCAAUAAAAAGAAGACUUGAAACUCCUCUUGCAUCAAUGUUACCAUCUAAAUAUGCUGAUGUUGAUGUUACAGAACUUUUUCCUGAUUUUCGUCCAGGGAAGGUUCUCAGGUUUUCAAAGUUGUUUGGACCUGGAAAACCAAGUAGUUUACCACAAAUCUGGAGAGGUGUACGAAAGAGACGCAAGAAGAAACGAAUACAGGAUACUAAAGAUUCAGAUUCUGGAUCAGAUCAAGAAAACAAAAGAACUAAAUUCAAAGGAUGGGUGAUGAAUUAUGGAACAGAACCUACUUCAGAACAGUUGGAUGAAGAUGACGAAGAAAGAUUAUUAUUACCUGUAAAGGAUAAAGAACAAGAGAAGAGUCCUGGAGAUAUUGGUGAAAAUGAUACAGGGCCUAAAGUGGCUGACUGGAGAUUUGGGCCAGCACAAAUUUGGUAUGACAUUCUUGAAGUGCCUAAUACUGGAGAAGGUUUUAACUAUGGGUUCAAGCUAGCCGAGAAAGUAGAAAAUGAUAAGCCUAUUAAAGAUGAGCAUAUUGAUGAAGAAGCUUUCCUUAUGGUUUCACAAUUGCAUUGGGAAGAUGAUGUAAUCUGGAAUGGUGAUGAUAUCAAACAUAAAACGAGAAACAAGUUAAAUACAAGAAAUAAAGCCGCUGGUUGGAUACCUUCAAGCGACAACAGAACGGCGCAAUCAUUUAGUCAGCCAGGAAAAGUGCUACCUGGUCAAGUCACUCCAAAUGUAAGAUUAGCGACUUCACAGAUUACUACACCUACUCAUAUGCAAAUUCAAAAAAAUAAAUCAGCCAUUGGUAAAGGACAAUCCAAUGAGUACCAUGAUGACACGUGGUAUUCGAUUUUCCCCGUCGAAAACGAAGAGCUUGUCUAUGGUUUAUGGGAAGAAGAAAUAAUCUGGGAUGCCGAGUCCAUGAAAAAAAUACCUAAACCGAAAAUUCUCACUCUCGAUCCGAAUGACGAAAAUAUUAUCCUCGGCAUUCCAGAUGACAUUGACCCGGCUUUAUUACAUAAAAAUGAUGGACCUCAACCAAAGGUUAAAAUUCCUCACCCUCAUGUGAAGAAAAGUAAGCUGCUGCUUGGCAAAGCUGGUGUGAUCAAUGUUUUAGAAGAGGAUGCACCACCACCACCACCAAAGUCACCUACCAAUCAAGAUCCUUUUAAUAUUUCAAACGACACAUAUUAUAUGCCUAAGUCGUCAGAAACAACUAUAAGAUUGAAAGUUGGUGGUGGCAAUCUUAUACAGCACAGCACUCCGGUAGUCGAGCUACGAACUCCAUUUGUACCAACUCACAUGGGACCAAUGCGUCUCAGGAACUUUCAUCGACCACCUCUUAAACGUUUCAGUCACGGUAUUUUGGCUCAUCCAGGUCCGCACGGUGUAUUGCCUCUGAUUAAAUUCAUUAAAAAGCAGGCAAAAUUGCGCGAACAAGAGCGAAUAGCCUCGGGUGGUGGUGAUGUAUUUUUCAUGCGUACACCAAAGGAUUUAACCGGCCGUGAUGGUGAAAUAGUCUUGAUCGAAUUCUCGGAGGAGCAUCCGCCACUUGUCAAUCAAGUAGGCAUGUGCUCAAAAAUCAAGAACUAUUACAAACGCAAAGCUGGCAAAGAUACCGGUCCACCCGAAUACAAAUAUGGGGAGACAUCAUACGCGCACACCAGUCCUUUUCUUGGUAUACUCACACCAGGUCAAACUAUACAAACAAUGGAGAAUAAUAUGUACAGAGCUCCACUUUACGAGCACAAAGUCAAUGAGACGGAUUUUCUCGUGAUUAGAACGCGAGAUCAAUAUUAUAUUAGAGAGAUUGAUGCUUUAUUUGUAGCAGGACAGGAGUGUCCAUUGUAUGAAGUGCCUGGACCCAAUUCUAAAAGGGCUAAUAACUUUGUAAGAGAUUUUCUGCAAGUUUUUAUAUAUAGAUUGUUUUGGAAAUCCAAGGAUAAUCCGAGAAGGAUAAAAAUGGAUGAUAUCAAGAGAGCUUUUCCUUCGCACAGUGAAAGUAGUAUUAGGAAGAGGUUAAAACUUUGUGCUGAUUUUAAGAGAACAGGAAUGGACUCAAAUUGGUGGGUCAUCAAACCAGAAUUUCGUUUACCCACCGAAGAGGAAAUUCGCGCGAUGGUAUCUCCCGAACAAUGCUGCGCAUAUUUCAGUAUGAUAGCUGCAGAGCAAAGAUUAAAAGAUGCUGGCUAUGGUGAGAAGUUCCUGUUCACGCCACAAGACGACGAUGAUGAAGAAAUGCAAUUGAAAAUGGAUGACGAGAUCAAAGUAGCCCCUUGGAAUACCACACGUGCCUAUAUACAAGCGAUGAAGGGUAAAUGCUUGCUUCAGCUAACUGGUCCGGCUGAUCCCACCGGUAUGGGAGAAGGAUUUUCAUACGUUAGAGUUCCUAACAAACCCACUGUCAGCAAGGAGGAGCAAGAAGCUCAACCAAAGCGAACGGUCACAGGUACAGACGCCGACUUGCGUCGUUUAUCACUUAACAACGCCAAAGCUCUUCUUCGCAAAUUUGGUGUACCGGACGAAGAGAUCAAGAAGCUCUCGCGAUGGGAAGUUAUCGACGUUGUGCGCACAUUGUCAACUGAGAAAGCAAAAGCUGGCGAGGAGGGCAUGACCAAAUUUUCACGAGGCAAUCGCUUCUCUAUCGCUGAACAUCAGGAACGUUAUAAGGAAGAAUGUCAACGUAUCUUCGAUCUGCAAAAUCGUGUUCUGUCGUCUAACGAAGUCCUCAGUACCGAUGAAGGAGAGAGUUCCGACGAGGACAGCUCGGAUAUCGAGGAAAUGGGUAAAAAUAUCGAGAACAUGUUAAGUAAUAAAAAAACAAGCACGCAGUUAGUUCUCGAGAGAGAGGAACAGCAGAGACAGGAGCUGAAGAAAAUGAUGAUGAACAACGAUAAUUCAGAUACGCAAGAUGAUAAAAAGUUCAAAGACAAGAAGAAGGAUGCCAACGAGGAUGAAAAUUCAAGCUCAAAUUUCAACACUCAAUCAGGUCGAGUGUUGAAAAUUUACAGAACAUAUCGGAAUGCCGACGGUUCAGUGUUCACGCGUACAGAAAUCGUACGUAAACCCGCUGUGAUUGACACGUACCUUAAAAUUCGCAACUCCAAAGACGAGUCGUUUAUCAAGCAGUUUGCUACAAUAGACGAAGCACAAAAGGAAGAGAUGAAACGAGAAAAGCGUCGUAUUCAAGAACAAUUGCGUCGUAUUAGACGUAAUCAAGAACGUGAAAAGAUGCUUGCCGGUGGUCACAGUUCCAGCCACUUUAAUCUUUUGAAUCUACCGUCAAGUCCAAUCGAUCACAGUGGUGCCUCAUCGCCGAUAAGCGGUUCUUUUGAUGGCAACACUUCCACAAGUAAUUUCCUAUUUCCAUCUAACAAACAAUCUCCAUUCCAAUCACACACUCCAAGCUACAAGCUUUUCAAAUCCGAAUUAUUUUCGUCCUCGCCCUCUAAACGCAAAAAAUUCAAAUUAAAACCAGAUCUCAAGCUUAAAUGCGGCGCUUGUGGUAACGUCGGUCACAUGAGAACCAAUAAAGCUUGUCCAUUAUAUCAAAACAAUUUCGGCGGAGGUCCAUCUACCCCGACAGCUACGGUCACGAGCGAGGAUCAAGAGGAUGAGACAGAAAAACAGUUCUAUCCAGGCGAUCAGGAUCUCGUUAACGUCGACGGUACCAAAGUCAAGCUGUCGUCGAAACUUAUCAAGCACGCUGAAGAAAUGAAACGCCGAACGUUAUUACUUAAAGUACCUAAAGAUGUAUCAUCAUCAACACGAAAACGCAAACGGCAACUUGACGAUGAUCAGUUUGAUUACGUCAAGCGCUACCAAAGACCAGCAGGCGCGAAUCGUCAACGAACGGAUCCAGUUAUCGUUCUCUCGUCUAUUUUCGAAGAUAUCAUUAAUAAUAUACGCGCUACCAAAGAUUUUGCCCCAUUUUGGUUUCCUGUCAAUUCAAAAGCAGUUCCAGAUUAUUAUAUUAUAAUAACGCAACCGAUUGAUCUGCAGACAAUCAGAGACAAACUUCGUGACAAGAAGUACGAAAGCCGGGAGGAUUUCUUGGCUGACAUGAAUCAAAUCAAGCUAAACAGUUCUUUAUACAACGGACCUAAACACAUUUUAACAGAUUUAGCACAGCGUAUGCUUGAUAUGUGUGUAAAGUUGGUAGCGGAUAAGGAAGACAAAAUAAUGAGAUUAGAGAAAGCUAUCAAUCCGUUGCUUGAUGAUAACGAUCAAGUCGCGUUUACGUACAUUCUCACGUCAAUGAUUGAGAAUAUGGUAAAAAUAAUGCCUGAAGCCACGCAGUUUCUCAAGCCCGUUAACAAGAAAGUUAUCAAGGAUUAUUACAAUAUUAUUCGGAAUCCUAUGGAUAUUGAAACCAUCCAUAAGAAGUGUUUGGCGCAUAAGUAUCAUUCUCGCGGGGAAAUCAUCAGGGAUUUCCAGCAGAUCUACGAUAACAGCACCGUGUACAAUGGUGAACUUUCACCGUUAACUCUCAAAGCUGACCUUUUGUUAAGAGCUGUCAAAGACUAUCUGACUAAUUUGCCACAACGCGCAACUGAGCUGGAAGAGAGUAUUAUGAAAACGCAACAAAAAGCUAUGGAACAAGAUGAUUCGUGGAUGCCCGACGAGGAGAACUACACAAUUCCCGAACCCGAAUUUCAAGGAAGCCAAAUUAAUUCUCCAGAGCACGUUUUCAAAUCAAAUAUGGACGAUUGUGAUAUUGUUGACGUUGAGGGUGUCGACAUAGAUGUUGAACUUGGCAAACCUGCAGCUAUUCAGAAAAAGGAUGUGCUAGAGGAAGAUUUACAAUUUUCAAGCGAAGAUGAAUUUGAUGAAGUACCGUUUGGAGUUGACGAUACAUUCGAAGCUACUGAGUUAAAACCUCUGAUGCCUAUAGAAGUGGCGCCUGAUGAGUUACCUGCUGACGAUGAUAGUCAACAAGUUGCGGAAGCUAUGAUUCAGCUCGGCAAUGCUGGAUCGUACUCCCUUGAACAGCCUUUAAAUAACGCUGAGGAGAGUGUCGACUCUAAUUAUGACCCGUCUGACGCAUUUUUCACUACAAUACCUGCUAGAAAAGAUGAUUACAAAAUACAAGAUGAUUUGGCUGUGUCUGAAAGUGAUGAGGAGGAGCAACGAUCCGAUAUAAAAAUCGAAAAGCACCCGAUUCCACAACCAUCAGAAGAUGACCUUGGGAACGUGUGGUUUUAAAAUGUUGUUGAAUCGGUUGCGCAAUGUUAUAAUAAUGUUAUAUUUUAUACUAUAGACUUUCAUAAAUUCGAAUAGUAGAUAAUUUUGCAAAUAGAUUUAGUUGUUGAAUCCUGUUUGUAAAUACAAUUUUGUACAUCGUGCUUUUUGAAAAAAAAGUUUUAUAAAUAGCAUCACCUAUACAUGUACAUAUGUAAAUUUUUGAAUUAUUGUUUUACCGAUGAAAGAUUUAUUUGCGACCGUUACUUGUGCAAAUAAUUGCACGACUAGAAAAUAGGAUUUUAUGUAUUUAUUAUUUAAAAAUUUUAAAAAUGAAGAGUUUAGAC